AUGGGUGCUCGAAUUUGCAAACUGAUCACAGAGUCGAUUUUGGAGAGCUCGGAAAUCGAGGACGAGCUGGAUUUGGAGUGCGGCGAAUCGGAUCCCACUACGUGGGAUUCCUCCAACUCAUCCAGUUGGUUUCUGAUUUAUGACUGUCGGCGAAUCCCGUCCGAAUUUAGGCGUCGAGGAGUUCGACGCGUACUCGUACGAAUGCAUAAUAGAGCCGGUGGACAGUUCGAAGGAUCCGUACAUUGUGGAGAAGCGGUUCAUCGCCGGAUCCAACAAGCCGAUCUACAAUAUCAUCAAAAGAAAGUGA